CACUGCCUACAAAAUUAUGUUACAACUACUUAAAUUCUGUUAAUCAAAAUUUAAUUAUGCUUAAAACUUGUCAUAUGUACCGAACUGAGAGAUUUAUGGGUAUGAAAAUAAGCAUUCAACAAGAUCAAGAACGUUUUUUUAUUCAUCUUCACGGAAUGAAGGCUGAGUUGGGCUAUUUUAUUCGAGAUGGAGUUAUGCACAUUGAUCACACCAAAGUUCCUAAGGAACUUGGCGGUCAUGGUAUUGGCAAGCUGCUGGCUAAGGCUGCUUUGGAAUACGCACUGCGAAAUGGACUGUUCAUUAUUAUUCACUGUGAUUUCGUUAAAAACUACGUUGAAAAAUACGAGCCACACUAUUCAAAGUACAUUCUUAAAUAAUAUGUGACGUAGCUAUUUAAGUUAAUAAAUAAAUCAGGUAAAAGUGAUAAAA